UCAGCCGUGAAAAAGUCACCCCACCCAGAAGGUGCCCAUUCUCUAGUACAAAAUAACUGCCAGAGGCCCCUGAGAGCGAGAAGACCGAGAGAGAAGAGGAGCGAACCAAUUCCCCCCUACCCCCUCCCCCCCACGUCACAUCCGUCCUACCAGAGAAGGGGGCUGGGCUUGAGAGUAGUGGAGCGAGAGAACGAGAUCCAGCAAGAGCACAGAAGUGCGCACACCGAGCGAGAGAGCAGCAGCCCCAGUGAGAGAGAAGCGUCUGUAAUCCCCCCCCACGCCUUCAGUGAUCAUGUGUCAGAACAGGAGCCUGUGGCGUGCAGCAGCGCAGAGCUCAGGGAAAUGGUGAGAUGCUGCAGGUCUUUGCACAGCCCUCCGUCUUGCUACAAUCUCCACAGAGUUAGGGUUGAUGUGCGUCGGCUCCGGACAAUCAGCUCCGCAGGAGCUGCCGGGGAGCAGGGGGGAGGCAACGCCGGAAACAUCUCAGGCCAGGGGGCCCGGGCACUCAGCCACAGGAACCGAUUCAGGUAUGCUGGGAGAGAAUGAGAGCGAGAACAAGAGAUUAAUGACCACAGGAUGCCUUAGCAUGUGUAUAACAUGCCUGCUGGACAUGACGUGACAAAGACAGGACGGACGCGGAGAGAGAAUCGAUGAUACUUAGCCUAUAGAGUGAUUGUUUACAGUACGUAAGAGAGGGAGAUGGAUUAAAGGCAAGUGAGAGAGGGAUGAAUAGAGCGAGCAUAGAGGGGAUUAUUAAUGUGAUGUUCUGCUGUGAGAUUGAAGCUCUAGCAGUUAUGGUUUGUGAGUGGGGGGUUGUGUGUACGUUGUUGAGCUGUGGCCUGGCUGCUACAUGAGCAGGGGGACAACCGUGAGCCGAGGGGGUGAAAUAUUGAGUGGGCACAGUCGGUCCACUCUCCCAAAGCCCGGGCUUUCUCUCUUGCUCUCUUUUUCUCGAUCCUUUUCUCUUUUUCCCUCUAUGUCCCAGGCAGCACAAAGCCUCUGUUUGGCCUAAUUGCAGCGUAAUGCCCAUAAGCCCCGUCCAGGCAGGCCAGUCUAAGGGGGAACGAUGUAUCUGUGCCAGGGCCAGCCCUUUGCAGCCAUUUAGCCAGGCUUACCUCGGAAGUGGGCCUGAAAGCAGUGAGGGAUAGAUGGAGUUUUAGAGAGCUUUGUGGAGGCUGAGAGAUUCUGCUAAUGUAGAUAGAGCGAGCCGUUAGAGGCAGGAGAGAGAGAAUGCUAUGCAGCCAGUGAUUGGCUAAUAUGUGUCUGCAUUGAGGAAGAGGGGGGGGGGUGCUGCUGGAGUGUGCGUUUUGUGUUGUGGAGGGAGACAGUACAGCCGGGAAAUAAAACAAUUAUAGAAGUGUAUUCUUUACGUGUUGGUUUUUAUUGCAUUAAUCCGGUUGGCUGGGUUGUUUUUAAGCUAUACUUUACGAUUGCUGAAACCAAGGCAUAUGACAGGCUACGGUAAAUCAUAUUUAAAUUAUUCUGCCCUGGUAGACUUGUAUGAGAAUUGAGAUUCAAUUACAUCAAAUGAACGACUUUAAGGUUCAUUUCCACGUAAAAGGACCCAUGAGCACCAAAGUGAAUUUCAUAGAAGCAUGUCAGAUUGGGUGUCAAAUUAAAGCUUUUUUGGGAAGUUAAAGUAUUUUAUUUUUUCAACCAUUUUCCAUCCUAAUUAUUAGGAAUAAGCAAAGGCUUUGAUUUCUGGUCAAACAGAUGGAAAAGUGGUCUUAGAAAGCAUCUACCAAAAAGUCUUAAGGUAUUAGAAAUACAUAAAAACACCAUCAAUUUAAAGGAAAGACCCCUGCCUACUAAUAUCAACACAUAUUUAGUCUGUCUAUAGCGAUUGCAUGGCUGUAUGCUCUAUUUUAUACACCUGUCAGCAACUUGUGUUGCUGAAAUAGCCGAAUCCACUAAUUUGAAGGGGUGUCCACAUACCUUUGUGUAUAUAGUGUAUCUUUAAGAUAUUUUCUAAUUUCUCUCCCUCAUGAGGGAGGAUAAUGAAAGUUCACAGAAGUAACAAGUAAAGUUAGGUCUAUCAAUUAGUUUGUGUUUUUACUGAUAUCAAUUUUGUUGAUUUUAAUUAUUAAGUGAUUAAAACUCAAUUCUGUUACCAAAUCUUUAACGGAAUUUCAGGAAAAAAACGGUAAUGGAAUUUCUGCAAUUGAAUUGGCUACAAUAGAAAAUCCUAGUAGUCACAAACAGUUGGGUUCACAAGUUUGGACAGUACAAUACUGUAAAGAAAAGUGGAGUAUAGUACAGCAGAGUACAGUAAAGAAAAGUGGAGUAUAGUACAGCAGAGUACAGUAAAGAAAAGCAGCGUAUAGUUUUGUACAGUAUAGUAGAACUCACUAGAGUUGUACUGAACUAUACUCUGCUGUACUUUGAUGUCCAACCUUGUGAAACAUACAUGUCUGAUUAUUUAAAUGUUGUCUUGUUUGUGUGUAGAAUAAUAUUUCUACCCUUUUUGUACCUAAUUUAGUAUACAUCGCUAUAAAGAGUUACAUUCAUAUCCAUAAUUAUGCAUUUCUGUGUUAUACAGUUCAGGGACCCACGAUGCAAUUCCGUUACCGGGUGUAAAUUCACUUCACUUACAGUAGUUCAAUAACCAAAAGCAAUUAUUUUUUUCAAAGUCAAUGUGUCAUGUCAUAGCUUACACCCCAUUCUUUCUGCAGACAUCUUUUUGAAUCUUAAUUUGGAGCAGAUAUUUAAGAGUUUUUGGAAACCGUGGACACAUAAAAAAAAAAAAACGUGUUUUACCUAAAUUGGCAUCUGCACAGUUCUUCCAUUUUAAAUGUGUUUUUGUAAAAUGUUCUGUGUCAAUUGUUAAAAGUAGUCAUUGUGCAUGGUUUUUGUUUGGCAUACAUUUUAAGUGAAAAAUCGGAGUCUCGGCGCAAUUCCGUUACUGUGGAAUUGCCCUAAAGCUAUAUUAGCUCCAUUAGCACAAAUCUAAUUAUAGGCUGUUGUCCCAGGCUGUGUAGUAAACCUUGCUGUCCUGUUUAGAGCUUAGUGAGGAUGAGUGGCCCAGUCUAACGCUCUGCAGUCCAAACUAGGCCUGCCAGCCAGCGGUGACUGAGGAGAGCAGUCGAUCUCCAGUACACUACGCACAGCACCAUACAGCCACAUCAGCAGCAUGCCUCAGUGGAAGUCAUCCCGUACCCAGCUAUCCGUGUAGCCAAAGUCAUCAGAGAUGGGAUUUUCCCUGAUGAAUCAGGAAUUUUCAUUCCAGAUUUUCAGAAUCGGGCGUAUCUUAAAUCUCUUGCUGUGGAUCAUUCAGAUGUGUUAAUGAUAGCCUUUUCUUUAAUGACUGGCGUGUUGUGGUGAUCAAACCCUUGAGAAAUUAGACAGUAAAAUGUGGUGAUGGGGAUGUGUGUGCGGACCCACUGAACCGCACAGCUCCACACACUGCUCCGGAUCUGAAGGCCAUCCUCAGAUACAUGUGUAUUCAGAUAGUGGAACAAUAUUGGCAGUGUUGUGUCUGUGAAUGGCUGUGCUGGGAGACGAUCACUCAGCACUGGCUGCAGUUUCACAAAGGGGGCAUCAACACCAGCCCGUGAAGCACCAUUCAAUUGAUCUGAUUCAACACAGAGGCCAAACAGGUCUAUAAUAACACAGGGAUGAAUAUAGACGACACAGCAGAGCGACGGGAGCUGACUGCUGUUUGCCAGUCACUAGACCAUUUUUUGUUGUUGCGUGUGUAUUUCUCUUGAGUGUGUGUCAUGUCAGUGUGUCUCUGGACUGUGUGCUUCUGUGUGUGCAUGCGUGAGAGAUCGUCGGGGUCAACUGUUUGACAAUUGAAAGUUUCCAGCCCUACUCCAUUGUUGUCAUUAGGGUUGUUGGCCUACGGGUCCUCUCGAGCUGGCAGCAUGUGUGUGUGUGUGCCAGUGAUUAGUGUUAAGGUGCUGCUGACUGACGGAUGUCCGUUAGGGUGUCAUUGGCUAAACCAUGCAUGGCUUUGGCCUCAUGCUUUGCCUUUAUCCUGAUUAGUGUGGACAGGUGUUCUUUAGGCCUAUAGAUAGCCCCACAGAGGCUAUACAGCUAGCCUGUGUUAUACCUCUUUCUCUUCUCUCAAUUCUGGACUUUGCGGAGCACCUCCGUGUCACUUGGCUAUACCUGCCAUACACACUGAAUUCUUUUGGCAUAAUUUUUAGUUAACCUAGCUAGAACACCGAUAGCUAUCACUUGCGUUGUAGGCUAUUGUCCGUUUGUAACUCCUAUUUCCAAAUAAAAGAGUAAUUGUUUUUACAUAGCAUAUUUUCUAUACUCAACUGUUAUCCAGGCCUUUUGACUUCAAUGCGACAAACUGACAUUAAAAAAAUUUAUCUAGCCCAUACUGUUUAAACAACACGUUUGUUUGACCCCCUUGUUGAGGUAACAUUGGCCUCCCCCUUAGAGUCCAGUCCACCUCUGCAUCACUGCUGCCCUAGUUGUUCCUGUUGUACAGAGUCAGGACAAUACAACCACCACUGAAGCCUAUUUUAAUAGACUUAUACAGUGCAGCCAGGCAUAGUCAUGCACAGAUGAUGGAUUUGGCUGUUGGGUGGAUAUGCUGUUUCUAUGCAUUUUUAGCUGUGUGUUUACCGCCCACACUUCGAGAGCACAGAGUUUGUCAUUAAAAUCCCUCUCCGCAUUUAUCGGCUACGGCUAAGAGAAUAAAGUGAUGGAUUUAUCUUUGAGCAAUUCUAACAUGGCAUAUUGAGAUCUGGAUGGAUGGGAGUUAGAAAUGAGGAUAUUUUAAGGAGACAGUUAACUUGACUUAAAGCAGUCUGAAGAGUAGAGUGGAUUCUGUAUGAAAUAUUAAUACAUGAGGAAUUUUUAGGAAACUAACCAUGUGGGGGUUUAGAUGCGAUACUGUCGAAGAGUAUCAUCUGCAUGGUUGAGGAGAGUUUGGGGAGGAUGUGCAGUCAACGUGUGAACGUACAGUAGCCUCUUUCCCGAUAGGAAUGUGUUGUGUGAUUGUGUUUGAACAGUAUAAAGUAAGAGGGAGCUGUCAGCUAUUUCUGUUUGUGCGGUUGUGUCAUUGAGUUUUUCCCAUUAUACGUGUAUUUACCCACGUCUUUAUGUCGUGUCCUUGCGUAGACACAAGCAUGUGCAUUCUGUCAUUUUUCACGUGCUUUGUGGGUGUGCGUGGUUGAGAGAGUCUGUGGGUGUCUGAAUGUGAGUCUGUCCUGUCUGUCAGUGUUUGCGUGAGUCUGAGACUCUGUCUGUGUACACUGCCAUACCUGUGCCAACCCAGGGCUUUGUAUGGUUGCGCAGGUUGCAGUUCCCUCAGUUGGCCUUGCGGCGUCGUCUUGGCCAGUUGAGCUGCAUGUCCCGGCCCAUCUUGCGGCUGCGCUCAUGGCCGCUCAGCUUCCUCUACUACUUCCUGACCUUCGACGCACUCAAGCCCCUGGCCAAGGUUGGCUGGAGACCAACAAGCAGGGUGAGUACUUCCCUACUAACAAGCUGCAACAGCAUUUGUCUGUGGGUUUGUGUGUGUGAAAGUCAAUCUCAGCAUCCAGAGGUACCAAGUCAUAUAAUGCUAGUGGAGUAGGAUACCAGUUCCUCCCGUACAAGGUAAAGCACAGCUUGAACACUUGAAAAGGCACUAUUCAAAUCCACUCGAAUAACCCCUAUGGUCGUUAGUUCCUACCAAACAUAAUUUGUUUCCCCUGCGUCGUGGCCCUAGGUGUUCUCGGCUAGAGGUGCUCUGAUGUGAGGUGCACCCCCCUCCUCCACCGUCACAGAUGGCCAGACCCAUAUGGACCUGCAGAGCUCUGAUCUCUGUACAGACUCUAUCAUAACGCCUAUCAAAGGCCCUUUGUGUGGUCCACACAAUAACAGAGGAAUGUUUUGUUCUCCUGCUCUGCUCGCUCACGCUGUCACGGUCAAGGGGCGAGUGAGUGGAUGUGGUUUCUCACUUAUCAGCCAAUAAGCAUUUAAUGUUAAUAAAAUGUUGAUCUAUUCCACCUCCCUUGGACCAUUAAUCAAAUGGGACUUAAUCAUGGAGCUAGAACUUGUCUGCCACCAAUAUUCUCAGCGGAUCUAUUUUCUGCAGUUUGGACAAGAUCUGUGAUCUAUCUCUAGAGCUACAGGACCUAACUGCCUAUGAGUUAUGUGGGGCGGAUCCAGACUCCGCAGGCAACACCUGUGUGUGGCUUUAAUUCAGGAGGGUGCGCAACGUUCCAGAACAUUCGGAUAGAAAUGUUGUAGAACAGACAGAAGUAUAUCAUGCACAUUGAAUCAGUUUGUCAGCUCGAUCUAUACAUUCUAUUUCUAUCGGCAAUGUUAGGCUCCUGUAUUUCUCCGUUUUUGUUUUUCUGUUUACAGUCUGAACUCGGAUCAGCUUGAAGGUUUUUAAUCCUGCCGUCAACAAUUUGGGUCAAAUGGCUUUUCUAGACCCCCUCCUACCUACCUGUUAAAAUCCUAUUCUAUUGCAGGUUUAUUUGAAAUCUGAUGUUCUAUGUGUAUUAUCCUGACCUCGUAUCUGAGGCCAUGUAAAGAAAUAGCUGUUUUAUUGCAUCUUUUAAUGUGCCGGCGGUCUAUUCGUAGCCGCGUUGGAUUUGAGAUGGAAUAUUGUUAAGGGCUUCAGCUGUUCGGCAGGGAUAAGGGGUGGGAGAUCCCCUAGGCGGCCGAUCCCUAAAGUGCACAGUCAGCAAGUUAGAAUUAACACAAGGCUCGCUUCCACAUAUGUCAGUAUUAGCGUUGUAUUAAAUUAAACAAGUUGUGCAUAUUAAACCCCAACUAUAUUAAAGCAGUAAGUCCUGAGGGGGUGUGAUAUAUGGCCAAUAUACCACGGCUAAGGGCUGUUCUUAUGCACAACGUAAUGCAGAGUGCCUGGAUACAGCCCUUAGCCGUGGUAUAUAGGCUAUAUACUACAAACCCUCAAGGUGCCUUAUUGCUAUUAUAAACUGGUUACCAAUGUAAUUAGAGCAGUAAAAAUACAUGUUUUGUCAUACCGUGGUGUACCACAGGCUUUCAGCCAAUCAGCAUUCAGGGCUCAAACCACCCAGUUCAUAAUAUCAGAUGAGUUCUUGUAGGACAUGUACGGGUCCGAUUCGCAAACAUUUUUAAAGGGGGGGUUAGCUAAGCUGGUCCAGAAGCUGACUAAUCCACUUAACUAUGCAGAAGCCAUCCAUGAUGCCAGCGAGCAGCAGUCGCAAAUCAAGCGGCAAACCAUCUGGAGCUCUGUAGAUGGAGAUUCUAAAGAGACCUGACUGCUUGCAGGUGCUAGGAGAGGUGCGAGGUGAGAUCAUCAGACAGCUCUGUCAUACUUCAUUCACUUCCUUGCACACUGAAUUUCUUGCUUCGCAUUGUAAGCAUCUCGGAGUAGCAGAUGGAGGUUCUUCUACACAUGUGGCCGCUGCCUGCCGCCACGAUGCAGAGAAGUCAAGCGACAAGCGCCUCCUUCAGCUACUGGUCACAUCUCAUGGAUAUGAAGAUAACUCGGAUAGAACAGGAUUUAAUUGGCUACUCAAUUAAGUUUCGUUUUUUUGAUGCUGCUGCUCAGACUUGGCCUUGUUUUGGUGAGUGCAGUUUAAGGUGUCUGUAAAGCUGUGACUAUAUGGCUUUCUAUGCGACUUAAACUUUGCAUCUCUGGAAGAGUUUAAUUUGCAAAUGUACAUGGUCUGUGCGAGUUCUAACGUUCACGUUUGGCUUCUACAAGGCACCUGUAAAUGAAGACAGUACUUCAGGUGUGCAAAAGUUUGAUCUAUUCAGGCGCGUUAAAACCCUGUCCACCUCUCGCUUGCUACCUAUCCUGCACAUGGCCUUGAUGCAGUUGACGUAGUGAUGUGGGUGGCAAAUACUUGUAAUACUCUUGUCAAGCUUAGUGAUCUAGGCAACUCUAUAGCCUCGACUGCCAGGGUACUAGCUUCUCCUGGUAGAGUUCUCCCAGUAGAGAAGCAGUUAGCCUGGUCUCAAAUCUGUUUGUGUAGUCUGGCCAACUCCUAUAGUUGUUUUGCGCAACAAUGAGCAUAGGACUUGGCCAGACAGCACAAACAGGUCUGGGAGAAGCCAGGAUGCAGUUUAGCUAUGUGUAGAUUAACCCAACCUUCUCUCCCUCCCUGGCCCAGGUUGCUCUGUACAAGACCAUCCCAACACGGCUGCUGUCUCGGGCCUGGGGUCGCCUGAACCAGGUGGAGCUACCGACCUGGCUGAGGAAGCCAGUUUACAGUCUGUAUAUCUGGACGUUUGGCGUCAACAUGCAGGAGGCAGCUGUGGAAGACCUAAUUCAAUACAGGAACCUGGGAGAGUUCUUUAGACGGAAACUCAAACCGGCUGUCCGGCCCGUGUGCGACUCGCACUGCGUGGUGAGUGUGCGUGUGUACAGGGCCUUCAAAGUAUUCAUACCCCUUGACUUAUUCCACAUUUUGUUUCAGAAUUCACCCAUCUACACACAAUACCCCAUAAUGACAAAGUGAAAACAUGUUUUUAGAAAUGUUUGCAAAUGUAUUGAAAAUGAAAUGCGGAGACCCCUGAGUCAAUACUUUGUAGAAGCACCUUUGGCAGCGAUUACAGCUGCGAGUCUUUCUGGGUAAGUCUCUAAGAGCUUUCCACACCUGGAUUGUGCAACAUUUGCACAUUUUUAUAUUUUUUGAAUUCUUCAAGCUCUGUCAAAUUGGUUGUUGAUCAUUGCUAUACAACCAUUUUCAGGUCUUGCCAUAGAUUUACAAGUAGAUUUAAGUCAAAACUGUGAACUCUGCCACUCAGGAACAUUUACUGUCUUCUUGGUAAGCAACUCCAGUGUAGAUUUGCCUUGUUUUAGGUUAUUGUCCUGCAGAAAGGUGAAAUACUCUCCUAGUGUCUGGUGGAAAGCAGACUGAACCAUGUUUUCCUCUAAGAUUUUGCCUGUGCUUAGCUCCACUAAGUUUCUUUUUCAUCCUGAAAAACUCCCAAGUCCUUAAUGAUUAUGAGCAUACCCAAAACUACGUAAUCUGUUUCAGUAGCUAAAUGUCUAGCUAGGUGUCAUCUAAAAUACCCCUGAUUUAUAAGACAGUUCGUAUUUGCUUAAUGAUGGUCUGACCCACCUAUGUGAAGCUAGCCACAAUAGUGGAAUUUGGUUCGCCUUCAAAAUAAGUAUCUAAUUGAAAGUGAUGCAAAUGAAUACAAAUAGUGGAAUCAUGCCAUAAUGGAAUAGAUAGUGCUAAACGAUGUUGAAAUGUUAUAUAAAUUCAUCAAAAUACUUUGUUAAUUUGACAAUCUGUUGAAAUCACACUGUUGAUGUAUUAAACUUUAGAAUUGCAUUGGGGCAUACUUAUUUCACUGUACAGCCUUACCUAUGGAUUGUGGAUCAAUGACAUGGGGUAUCAGUCUGCUCAUUCGCAUCAUAGCUCUUAUUGCAGGACUCUGAAACCACUGAAAUGAGCAACAAUUAUUAUACCAGGCAACCUACUAUGUGUAUUGAACACUAUUCCAGAGGAAAACAAUAUGUGGAUGUUUUGGAGUCUCAUAACUCCGGGGAGGACUUUGGAGGGAAAAAAGCACUUGUGUACGGAGUAGACUGAUACCCCAUUUCAUUUAUCCCCAAUCCAUAGGUAAGGCUGUACAGUGCAAUAUGAAUGUCAAUAUGCACAAUAGGCUGACUGGGGAGGUGAUUUCCCACAGUCAAACUCCCGCAAUAAGCGUUACUAUGCUAAUAUUUGUGUAAACUCUUCACAGUUGUGUUCUGUGGGUGUCACCGAGUAGACUGAUACCUAAUUCCAUUGCUCCACAUUCCAACACUCCAACCGUGUUUAACAUGAUCUAGUCUAAAUAUGAUAUUGUAACCAUUUGCAUCACUUUCAAAUAGGGACUUUUAUUUUGAAGGUGACGCGCAAAUUCCACUUGUGGCUAAUCCUUAUUGUGGCUAGCUUCACAACACAUAACCCAGUCCGGUCAAGCCACACUAGCCAGAUCAAAUCAAAUGUUAUUUGCCACCUGCGCCAAAUACAACAGGUGUAGACAUUACAGUGAAAUGCUUACUUAAAAGCCCUUAACCAACAAUGCAGUUUUUAAGAAAAUAAAAGUGUUAAGUAAGAAAUAGAUAAGUAAAAAAUUAAAAGCAAAUAAUUAAAGAGCAGCAGUAAAAUAAAAUAACAGUAAGGAGGCUAUAUACAGGGGGUACCGGUACAGAGUCAAUGUUCGGGGGCACUGGUUAGUCAAGGUAAUUGAGGUAAUAUGUACAUGUGGGUAGAGUUAAAGUGACUAUGCAUAAAUAAUAAACAGAGUAGCAGCAGCGUAAAGCCUCAAUUCGUUGUGGCAUGGACACUCUAGGUGUCGAAAGCGUUCCACAGGGAUGCUGGCCCAUGUUGACUCCAAUGUUUCCCACAGUUGUCAAGUUUGCUGGAUGUCCUUUGGGAGGUGGACUGUUCUUGAUACACACGGGAAACUGUUGAGCGUGAAAAACCCAGCAGCGUUGGAGUUCUUGACACACACCGGUGCGCCUGGCACCUACUACCAUUCAAAGGGGCUUAUAUUUUUUGUCUUGCCCAUUCACUCUCUGAAUGGCACACAUACACAAUCCAUGUCUCAAUUGACUCAGGGCUUAAAAAUCCUUAAACCUGUCUCCUCCCCUUCAUCUACACUGAUUUGAAGUGGAUUUAACAAGUGAUAUCAAUAAGGGAUAAUAGCUUUCACCUCGUCAGUGUAUGUCAUAGAAUGUACAGCAUGUCAUGUAUGUCACUUAAUGGAAAUAAGCUAUUUUGUUUUUUUCAUGCUCAGGUUGACCUUACUAUGGAAUUGCUCCAUACUGGCUGGCAACGUUCUUAUCCCUUGCUUGCUAGCUAGCCAACUACGGCUAACUUACAGUCACGUCAAAAAGUGCAGCCAGAAUAACAGGAAAGUAGCUGCAUUUGCAUUUGUUUAAGCUGUUUUCUAGUGACAUUUAUUUGGAGACAUCCAUAACAAUGCGCUAAUGAGGUGCGAUUUCGCCUGGCAUAGAACAUGUGCUCUCUCGUCAGGACACUGUUGUUCAGAGGAGCUAGCCAACAACACAGCUAACACAGUCACUUCAAACUGAAGCUGGAAAGACUGCAAACUAGCAAAGACUGCAAACUGGAAAGACUGCAAAAUAGUUCUUAUUUUGUUAAUUAAACAGACAAGAGACACACUUUACUUUCCCCAUGCCCUGAUCAGUCAACACACAGGGCCUAUAAUUUAUAGUAAGAUUUAAUAUAAUGGAAUAUAACAGAAUAAAAUAGAAAUGAUAUUUAGAACGUGUGGAACCACUGUCAUAUAACAAACGUUUUAUUUUGAAAUGGAGCCUCAUUUUUGUGAGCCCAUGUCCUAAUUUUUUUGCUAUAGAAUCUGCUCUUUCCAACAGUUAUUUUGACUAAAGACAGAAACUACAAAUCGCUAGUAGGCCAAGUUAGAAACAUAUGCGUAGUAACCCAUCAUUUAUUUGCUAAAUAUACGGCCCUUUUAUAUGUUUAUCUGUCAAAGUCAAAAAAUAAAUAAAUGAAAUGGCAGUGUGUGUUCCCCCAGGCUAAAUGCCAAAGUAUUUGUGACAAUGGACAAGAACAGCACAAGGAUAGAACUACAUACAUUUAAAUGGAGAGAAUAAAUGCAUUAAAAGCAUUUCUGUGACGCUUUCUGAUUGACAAUGACAAGUUUGAUGUCAGACAACAAUAGAAUGUUCAUGAUUUAAUGUGUGUCAGACUGUAAUAUGAAAGGCAAUGUUUAUACUGAGGGGUUGGCAGGACUUUUAAAUACAAUAAAGCAAUCAUGAUGGUGGAAAUAAAAGUACAGGCUUUGUUACCAGCAGAUAUAAAGAAAAGGCUGCGAAAAGUUGGCGGCAUUGGUAAAGUUGGCUGAAAAACGUCUUGGUGUGAAAGGUACAGUGCCUUCAAAGUGUUCACACCCCUUGACCUUUCCCCCAAAACAAUUGUUACAGCCUGAAUUUUAAAUGGAUUCAAUUUUGUUUGUGUGUCACUGGCCUACACACACUACCCCAUAAUGUGAAAGUGGAAUUAUGUUUUUAGAAACGUUAACAAAUUUAUAAAAAAUGAAAAGCUGAAAUGUCUUGAGUCAAUAAGUAUUCAACCCCUUUUGUUAUGGCAAGUCUAAAUAAGUUCAGGAGUAAAAAUGUGCUUAAGUCACAAGUUGCAUGGACUCACUAUGUGCAAUAAUAGUGUUUAACAUUAUUUCUUUAUGAUUACCUCAUCUCUGUACCCCACACAACGAUUAUCUGUGAGGUCCAUCAGUUGAGCAGUACAUUUCCAAACACAGAUUCAACCACAAAGACCAGGGAGGUUUUCCAAUGUCUCGCAAAGGGCACCUAUUGGUAGGUAACACAUUUUUUUUUAAAGGAGACAUUGAAUACCCCUUUUGAGCAUGGUGAAGUUAUUAAUUACACUUUGGAUGGUGUAUCAAUGCAACCAGUCACUACAAAGAUACAGGCGUCCUUCCUAACUCAGUUGCCGGAGAGGAAGGAAACUGCUCAGGGAUUUCACCAAUGGUGACUUUAAAACCGAGUUUUUAAUGGCUGUGAUGGGAGAAAACUGAGGAUGACUCAACAACAUUGUAUUUACUCCACAAUACUAACCUAAAUGACAAGAGUGAAAACAUGCAUCCUGUUUGCAAUAAGGUACUAAAGUAAAACUGCAAAAAAUGUGGGAAAGAAAUGAACUUUAUGUCCUGAAUACAAAAGUGUUCUGUUUGGGGAAAAUACAACACAUCACUGAGAACCACUCUUCAUAUUUUCAAGUGUGGAUUGUGGCUGCUUCAUGUUAUAGGUGUGCUUGUCAUCGGCAAGGACUAGGGAGUUUUUUUAGGAUGAAAAGAAAUGCAAUAGAGCUAAGCACAGGCAAAAUCCUACAGGAAAACCUGGUUAAGUCUGCUUUCCAACAGACACUGGGAGACAAAUUCACCUUUCAGCAGGACAAGAACCUAACACACAAGGCCAAAUAUACAGUGGAGUAGCUUACCAAGAAAACAUUGAAUGUUCCUGAGUGGCCUAGUUACAGUUUUGAUUUAAAUCUGCUUGAAAAUCUAUGCCAAGACUUAAAUGGCUGUCUAGCAAUGAUUAACAACCAACUUGACAAAGCUUGAAGAAUUGUAAAAAUAAUAAUGUGCAGAUAUUGUACAAUCCAGGUGUGCAGUGUUUUUAGAGACAUACCCAGAAAGACGCACAGCUUUAAUCGCUGCCAAAGGUGAUUGAUUCUAACAUGUAUUGAUUCCGGGGUGUGAAUACUUAUGUAAAUGAGAUCUAUUUCAUUUUCAAUAAAUUUGCCAACAUUUCUAAAAACAUGUUUUCACUUUGUCAUUAUGGGGUAUUGUGUGUAAAUGAGUGAGAACAAUAUUUAAUCUACUUUGAGUUCAAGCUGUAACUCAACAAAAUGUGGAAUAAGUCUGCGCCACUCCUCCCGAGUGGCGCAGUGGUCUAAGGCACUGCAUUGCAGUGCUAGCUGUGCCACUAGAGAUCCUGGUUCGAAUACAGGCUCUGUCGUAGCCGGCCGCGACCGGGAGACCCAUGGGGCGGCGCACAAUUGUCCCAGCAUCGUCCAGGGUAGGGGAGGGAAUGGCUGGCAGGGAUGUAGCUCAGUUGGUAGAGCAUGGCGUUUGCAACGCCAGGGUUGUGGGUUCGAUUCCCACGGGGGGGUAUGAAAAAAAAAAAUAAACAUAAAUAAAUAAAAUAAUGUAUGCACUCACUAACUGUAAGUCGCUCUGGAUAAGAGCGUCUGCUAAAUUACUAAAAUGUAAAAUGUAAGUCAAGGGGUAUGAAUACUUUCUGAAGGUACUGUAUAUUAUAGACAUAUACAGGAGUAGAUCCCUGGCUGAAGCCAUAAAUGUCUGAGUACUUUUUUCAGAUCAGCCCAGCAGAUGGGAAGAUCCUGCACUUUGGGCGGGUGCGGAACUGUGAGGUGGAGCAAGUCAAAGGAGUCACCUACUCUUUGGAGACCUUCCUGGGACCCCACACCUGGGCUGAGGCCAUCAACAGUACCAUCAAGCCAUCAAGUGAGUACCUCUUCCCUUUCCUAAUGUCUAAUGGGAUCUAAUGCCCAAUCCUAAUUCAACCCUUAAUCCCCUUGAGAUUUGUUGAUCUCAAAGGAUUGGGUAGGUAAAUACUGUAUAACUGAUACUUUAGGCCUAAUAGACCCACCUUGCCCCCAAUCAUUUUUAUUCAUUUUAGCAGAAUUAGACCCAUCUAAUCCUGGUUUGUCUAGAUCAGAGGCUAUGGAUUUAGGAUUGGUUUGUAUGACGCACCUUACCACCCUGCCUGCUGACAAUUAUGUGCGUUUUCCCAGAUGAAGAGGACCCCAGCUCAUUCCAGGAUCUGCUGGUGACUAAGGAGGGGAAUGAGCUGUUCCACUGUGUGGUGUACCUGGCUCCAGGAGACUACCACUGCUUCCACUCCCCCACAGACUGGAGGGUGGCCCACAGAAGACACUUCCCUGGUCAGUGCACUAUUAGGACUGUCCUGCUCAUACAUUCGACAUUGUAAUUGCCCUAUAUAAACACCAGAAUUACUCCGCUACGCUAGGACAAUCCCAGGACGUUCAGGACACACACACACUCACACAUCGUAAUCAGGGGCGUCAUGCACCCGAAAAACCUGUGGAGGCACAAAGUAUGUGAGGAUGGCUGGGGGUGGUAAAUUGGAGAAUGUAUUAUUUUUCAAAAACCUGAAACAGCUUUUUCCUGCAAUCUAUAGCCAUAAUCAUUAUGGUUAAUUCUAGGUAUUUUUUUUUAUUUAAAGUACUUUUUUCUGCAUAUCUAAGACUACCUCUUGUUGUCUAUCAUUCUGACUGGUGGUUAUUUUUUUUAACCCUUCUCUUACAAUUUCCGCGGCCACGCAGAAAUCUAACAUGAUAAAAAAAUGCCCAUCAAAAUCCGUCUAAAAUAUGUUUUUUUGCAUGGGUUGCGUUUCAAUCCACCACGUCCGCCGAUAUCGCCCUACCGCAUCUGCGGUGAAAGGUGGCAGAGCUAGAGCGGUGUUUGUCAGAUCAUGAGACAUCCCGAAAAUCUGUCUUCUCGCGAAAACGUCUGUAGUGUCCAAAUGGUUUGGCCUAAAAACUAUUAUGACCCCCACAAGCAUCACGGGACUCGUCUGAAUUUGGUACGGCCUCUUCUGCCAACUUCUGUCUGUUGGGCUACACACUAAUAUGACCCCUCUUACGAAACACAUACAUGUCGGUUGUUUUGUUCUAGGACGCCUCACAAGACUCGUCUGAAGGUCCCCCCGGUACCAGUUAGAACAAUUUAUGGAAGUAUAUAUGGAGAUAGUUUUAGUGUCUAAAACAUCAACAACAACAAAAAAUAACACUUCAGAAUAUAUAUACACACACACACUCUACCGUUCAGAACUUUGGGGUCACUUAGAAAUGUCCUUGUUUUCCAUGAAAACAUACAUGAAAUGAGUUUGAAUAGAAAUAUAUAGCAAAAUGAAUAGGAAAUGUAGUCAUUGACAAGGUUAGAGAUAAUGAUUUUUAAUUGAAAUAAUAAUUGUCCUUCAAACUUUGCGUUCGUCAAAGAAUCCUCCAUUUGCAGCAAUUACAGCCUUGCAGACCUUUGGCAUUCUAGUUGUCAAUUUGUUGAGGUAAUCUGAAGAGAUUUCACCCCAUGCUUCCUGAAGCACCUCCCACAAGUUGGAUUGGCUUGAUGGGCACUUCUUACGUACCAUACGGUCAAGCUGCUCCCACAACAGCUCAAUAGGGUUGAGAUCCGGUGACUGUGCUGGCCACUCCAUUAUAGACAGAAUACCAGCUGAUUGCGUCUUCCCUAAAUAGUUAUUGCAUAGUUUGGAGCUGUGCUUUAGGUCAUUGUCCUGUUGUAGGAGGAAAUUGCCUCCAAUCAAGCGCCGUUCACAGGGUAUGGCGUUGGGAAAUGGAGUGAUAGCCUUCCUUCUUCAAGAUCCCUUUUACCCUGUACAAAUCUCCAACUUUACCACCACCAAAGCACCCCUACACCAUCACAUUGCCUCCACCAUGCUUGACAGAUGGCAUCAAUUACUCCUCCUGCAUCUUUUCAUUUGGUCUGCGUCUCACAAAUGUUCUUCUUUGUGAUCUGAACACCUCAAACUUCGAUUUGUCUGUCCAUAACACUUUUUUUCCAAUCUUCCUCUGUCUAGUGUCUGUGUUCUUUUUGCCCAUCUUAGAUUGGUGUUUUGCGGGUACUAUUUAAUGAAGCUGCCAGUUGAGGACCUGUGAGGCCCGGUGCACAAAACAUUUCAAUAAGACAAAUGCAUUAGUGUCUAGUUUGAGAAACAGGCGCCUCACAGGUAAUCAACUGGCAGCUUCAUUAAAUAGUACCCGCAAAACACCCGUCUCAACGUCAACAGUGAAGAGGCGACUUCCGGGAUGCUGACCUUCUAGGCAGAGUUGCAAAGAAAAAGCCAUAUCUCAGACUGGCCAAUAAAAAGAAAAGAUUAAGAUAGGCAAAAGAACACACACUGGACUUCUUCUUUGCAACUCUGCCAAGGUCAGCAUCCCGGAGUCGCCUCUUCACUGUUGACGUUGAGACUGGUGUUUUGCGGGUACUAUUUAAUGAAGCUGCCAGUUGAGGACCUGUGAGGCGCCUGUUUCUCAAACUAGACACUAAUGUAUUUGUCCUCCUGCUCAGUUGUGCACCGGGGCCUCCCACUCCUCUUUCUAUUAUGGUUAGAGCCAGUUUGCGCUGUUCUGUGAAGGGAGUAGUACAGAGCGUUGUACGAGAUCUUCAGUUUCUUGGCAAUUUCUCGCAUGGAAUAGCCUGACGAGUUUCAGAAGAAAGUUAUUUGUUUCUGGCCAUUUUGAGCCUGUAAUCGAACCCACAAUUGCUGACGAUCCAGAUACUCAACUAGUCUCAAGAAGGGACGUUUUAUUGCUUCUUUAAUCAGCACAACAGUUUUCAGCUGUGCUAACAUAAUUGCAAAAGGGUUUUCUAAUGAUCAAUUAGCCUUUUAAAAUGAUAAACUUGGAAUUAGCAAACACAACGUGCCAUUGGAACACAGGACUGAUGGUUGCUGAUAAUGGGCCUCUGUACGCCUAUGUAGAGAUUCCAUAAAAAAUCUGCCGUUUCCGGCUACAAUAGCCAUUUACAACAUUAACAAUGUCUACACUGUAUUUCUGAUCAAUUUGAUGUUAUUUUAAUGGACAGAAAAUGUUGAGUUUUCUUUCGAAAACAAGAAUUUCUAUGUGACCCCAAACUUUUGAACGGUUGUGUGUGUGUGUGUGUGUGUGUGUGUUUGUCCAGUCAAAAGUUUGGACACCUAAUCAUUUCAGGCCUUUUCUUUAUUUUUACUAUUUUCUACAUUCUAACUAUGAAAUAACACAUGGAAUCAUGUAGUAAUCAAAUAGCCACCGUUGGCCUUGAUGACAGCUUUGCACACUCUUGGCAUUCUCUCAACCAGCUUCAGCUGGAAUGCUUUUCCAACGGUCUUGAAGAUAAUCCAUUUACUCACACCAUGUCUCACAAAGCCACGGCAGUUAGAACCAAAAAUCUCCAAUUUGGACUCCAGACCAAAGGACAAAUUUCCACCGGUCUAAUGUCAAUUACUCGUGUUUAUUGGCCCAAGCAGGUCUCUUCUUCUUAUUGGUGUCCUUUAGUAGUGGUUUCUUUGCAGCAAUUCGACCAUGAAGGCCUGAUUUCACACAGUCUCCUCUGAACAGUUGAUGUUGAUAUGUGUCUGUUACUUGAACUCUGAAGCAUUUAUUUGGGCUGCAAUUUCUGAGGCUGGUAACUCUAAUGAACUUAUCCUCUGCAGCAGAGGUAACUCUGGGUCUUCCAUUCCUGUGGCGGUCCUCAUGAGAGCCAGUUUCAUCAUAGCGCUUGAUGGUUUUUGCGACUGCACUUGAAGAAACUUUCAAAGUUCUUGAAAUGUUCCGUAUUAACUGAUCUUCAUGUCUUAAAGUAAUGAUGGACUGUUUCUCUUUGCUUAUUUGAGCUGUUCUUGCCAUAAUAUGGACUUGGUCUUUUACCAAAUAGGGCUAUCUUCUGUAUACCACCCCACCCCUACCUUGUCACAACACAACUGAUUGGCUCAAACGCAUUAAGAAGGAAAGAAAUUCCACAAAUUAACUUUAACGAAGGCACACCUGUUAAUUGAAAUGCAUUCCAGGUGCUUACCUCAUGAAGCUGGUUGAGAGAAUGCCAAGAGUGUGCAAAGCUGUCAUCAAGGCAAAGGGUGGCUAUUUGAAGAAUCUAAAAUCUAAAAUAUAUUUUGUUUUAACACUUUUUUGGUUACUACAUGAUUCCAUAUGUGUUAUUUCAUAGUUUUGAUGUCUUCACUAUUAUUCUACAAUGUAAAAAUAAGGAAAACCCUUGAAUGAGUAGGUGUGUCCAAACGUUUGACUGGUAAUGUAUGUAUAUAUACAGUGGGGGGGAAAAAGUAUUUAGUCAGCCACCAAUUGUGCAAGUUCUCCCACUUAAAAAGAUGAGAGGCCUGUAAAUUUCAUCAUAGGUACACGUCAACUAUGACAGACAAAAUGAGAAAAAAUAUCCAGAAAAUCACAUUGUAGGAUUUUUUAUGAAUUUAUUUGCAAAUUAUGGUGGAAAAUAAGUAUUUGGUCAAUAACAAAAGUUUCUCAAUACUUUGUUAUAUACCCUUUGUUGGCAAUGACACAGGUCAAACGUUUUCUGUAAGUCUUCACAAGGUUUUCACACACUGUUGCUGGUAUUUUGGCCCAUUCCUCCAUGCAGAUCUCCUCUAGAGCAGUGAUGUUUUGGGGCUGUCGCUGGGCAACACGGACUUUCAACUCCCUCCAAAGAUUUUCUAUGGGGUUGAGAUCUGGAGACUGGCUAGGCCACUCCAGGACCUUGAAAUGCUUCUUACGAAGCCACUCCUUUGUUGCCCGGGCGGUGUGUUUGGGAUCAUUGUCAUGCUGAAAGACCCAGCCACGUUUCAUCUUCAAUGCCCUUGCUGAUUGAAGGAGGUUUUCACUCAAAUCUCACGAUACAUGGCCCCAUUCAUUCUUUCCUUUACACGGAUCAGUCGUCCUGGUCCCUUUGCAGAAAAACAGCCCCAAAGCAUGAUGUUUCCACCCCCAUGCUUCACAGUAGGUAUGGUGUUCUUUGGAUGCAACUCAGCAUUAUUUGUCCUCCAAACACGACGAGUUGAGUUUUUACCAAAAAGUUCUAUUUUGGUUUCAUCUGACCAUAUGACAUUCUCCCAAUCCUCUUUUGGAUCAUCCAAAUGCACUCUAGCAAACUUCUGACGGGCCUGGACAUGUACUGGCUUAAGCAGGGGGACACGUCUAGCACUGCAGGAUUUGAGUCCCUGGCGGCGUAGUGUGUUACUGAUGGUAGGCUUUGUUACUUUGGUCCCAGAUCUCUGCAGGUCAUUCACUAGGUCCCCCUGUGUGGUUCUGGGAUUUUUGCUCACCGUUCUUGUGAUCAUUUUGACCCCACGGGGUGAGAUCUUGCGUGGAGCCCCAGAUCGAGGGAGAUUAUCAGUGGUCUUGUAUGUCUUCCAUUUCCUAAUAAUUGCUCCCACAGUUGAUUUAUUCAAACCAAGCUGCUUACCUAUUGCAGAUUCAGUCUUCCCAGCCUGGUGCAGGUCUACAAUUUUGUUUCUGGUGUCCUUUGACAGCUCUUUGGUCUUGGCCAUAGUGGAGUUUGGAGUGUGACUGUUUUGAGGUUGUGGACAGGUGUCUUUUAUACUGAUAAGUUCAAACGGGUCCCAUUAAUACAGGUAACGAGUGAAGGACAGAGGAGCCUCUUAAAGAAGAAGUUACAGGUCUGUGAGAGCCAGAAAUCUUGCUUGUUUGUAGGUUACCAAAUACUUAUUUUCCACCAUAAUUUGCAAAUAAAUUCAUUAAAAAUCCUACAAUGUGAUUUUCUGGAUUUCUUUUUCUCAUUUUGUCUGUCAUAGUUGACGUGUACCUAUGAUGAAAAUUACAGGCCUCAUCUUUUUAAGUGGGAGAACUUGCACAAUUGGUGGCUGACUAAAUACUUUUUUUCCCCACUGUACACACAAACACUUCAGAAAGUAUUCAGACCGCUUCCCUUUUUCCAAAUGUUACAUUACAGCCUUAUUCAAAAAAAUUUUUUAAUUCUUAUCAAUCUACAAACAAUACCCCUUAAUGAGAAAGCGAAAAACAGAUUUUUGUUAAUGUUUGCAAAUUUCUGGAGAUAACCCCCCCCAGAAAAGUAUUCAGACCCUUUUCUAUGAGACUUGAAAUUGAGCUCAGGUGCAUCCUGUUUCCAUUGAUCAUCCUUGAUGUUUCUACAACUUGAUUGGAGUCCACUUGUGGUAAAUUCAAUUGAUUGGACAUGAUUUUGAAAGACACAUACCUGUCUAUAUAAGGUCCAAGAGUUGACAGUGCAUGUUAGAGCGAAAACCAAGCCAUGAGGUCGAAGGAAUUGUCCGUAGAGCUCCGAGACAGGAUUGUGUCGAGGCACAGAUAUGAGGAAGGGUACCAAAAAAUGUCUGCAGCAUUGAAGGUAUAUGUGUGUGUAUAUAUGUGUGUGUAUAUAUAUACAGUGGGGGAAAAAAGUAUUUAGUCAGCCACCAAUUGUGCAAGUUCUCCCACUUAAAAAGAUGAGAGAGGCCUGUAAUUUUCAUCAUAGGUACACGUCAACUAUGGCAGACAAAUUGAGAUUUUUUUUCUCCAGAAAAUCACAUUGUAGGAUUUUUAAUGAAUUUAUUUGCAAAUUAUGGUGGAAAAUAAGUAUUUGGUCACCUACAAACAAGCAAGAUUUCUGGCUCUCACAGACCUGUAACUUCUUCUUUAAGAGGCUCCUCUGUCCUCCACUCGUUACCUGUAUUAAUGGCACCUGUUUGAACUUGUUAUCAGUAUAAAAGACACCUGUCCACAACCUCAAACAGUCACACUCCAAACUCCACUAUGGCCAAGACCAAAGAGCUGUCAAAGGACACCAGAAACAAAAUUGUAGACCUGCACCAGGCUGGGAAGACUUAAUCUGCAAUAGAUAAGCAGCUUGGUUUGAAUAAAUCAGCAAGGGCAUUGAAGAUGUAACGUGGCUGGGUCUUUCAGCAUGACAAUGAUCCCAAACACACUGCCCGGGCAACGAAGGAGUGGCUUCGUAAGAAGCAUUUCAAGGUUCUGGAGUGGCCUAGCCAGUCUCCAGAUCUCAACCCCAUAGAAAAUCUUUGGAGGGAGUUGAAAGUCCGUGUUGCCCAGCGACAGCCCCAAAACAUCACUGCUCUAGAGGAGAUCUGCAUGGAGGAAUGGGCCAAAAUACCAGCAACAGUGUGUGAAAACCUCGUGAAGACUUACAGAAAACGUUUGACCUGUGCCAUUGCCAACAAAGUGUAUAUAACAAAGUAUUGAGAAACUUUUGUUAUUGACCAAAUACUUAUUUUCCACCAUAAUUUGCAAAUAAAUUCAUAAAAAAUCCUACAAUGUGAUUUUCUGGAUUUUGUUUCCUCAUUUUGUCUGUCAUAGUUGACGUGUACCUAUGAUGAAAAUUACAGGCCUCUCUCAUCUUUUUAAGUGGAAGAACUUGCACAAUUGGUGGCUGACUAAAUACUUUUUUCCCCCACUGUAUAUAUAUAUAUAUAUAUAUAUAUAUAUAUAUAUAUAUAUAUAUAUAUAUAUAUAUAUACUGCUCAAAAAAUUAAGGGAACACUUAAACAACACAAUGUAACUCCAAGUCAAUCACACUUCUGUGAAAUCAAACUGUCCACUUAGGAAGCAACACUGAUUGACAAUAAAUGUAACAUGCUGUUGUGUAAAUGGAAUAGACAACAGGUGGAAAUUAUAGGCAAUUAGCAACACACCCCCAAUAACGGACUGGUUUUGCAGUUGGUGACCACAGACCACUUCUCAGUUCCUAUGCUUCCUGGCUGAUGUUUUGGUCACUUUUGAAUGCUGGCGGUGCUUUCACUCUAGUGGUAGCAUGAGACGGAGUCUACAACCCACACAAGUGGCUCAGAUAGUGCAGCUCAUCCAGGAUGGCACAUCAAUGCGAGCUGUGGCAAGGUUUGCUGUGUCUGUCAGCAUAGUGUCCAGAGCAUGGAGGCGCUACCAGGAGACAGGCCAGUACAUCAGGAGACGUGGAGGAGGCCGUAGGAGGGCAACAACCCAGCAGCAGGACCGCUACCUCCGCCUUUGUGCAAGGAGGAGCACUGCCAGAGCCCUGCAAAAUGACCUCCAGCAGGCCACAAAUGUGCAUGUGUCUGCUCAAACAGUCAGAAACAGACUCCAUGAGGGUGGUAUGAGGGCCCGACGUCCACAGGUGGGGGUUGUGCUUACAGCCCAACACCGUGCAGGACGUUUGGCAUUUGCCAGAGAACACCAAGAUUGGCAAAUUCGCCACUGGCGUCCUGUGCUCUUCACAGAUGAAAGCAGGUUCACACUGAGCACAUGUGACAGACGUGACAGAGUCUGGAGACGCCGUGGAGAACGUUCUGCUGCCUGCAACAUCCUCCAGCAUGACCGGUUUGGCGGUGGGUCAGUCAUGGUGUGGGGUGGCAUUUCAUUGGGGGGCCGCACAGCCCUCCAUGUGCUCGCCAGAGGUAGCCUGACAGCCAUUAGGUACCGAGAUGAGAUCCUCAGACCCCUUGUGAGACCAUAUGCUGGUGCGGUUGGCCCUGGGUUCCUCCUAAUGCAAGACAAUGCUAGACCUCAUGUGGCUGGAGUGUGUCAGCAGUUCCUGCAAGAGGAAGCCAUUGAUGCUAUGGACUGGCCCGCCCGUUCCCCAGACCUGAAUCCAAUUGAGCACAUCUGGGACGACAUGUUUCGCUCCAUCCACCAACGCCACGUUGCACCACAGACUGUCCAGGAGUUGGCGGAUGCUUUAGUCCAGGUCUGGGAGGAGAUCCCUCAGGAGACCAUCCGCCACCUCAUCAGGAGCAUGCCCAGGUGUUGUAGGGAGGUCAUACAGGCACGUGGAGGCCACACACACUACUGAGCCUCAUUUUGACUUGUUUUAAGGACAUGACAUCAAAGUUGGAUCAGCCUGUAGUGUGGUUUUCCACUUUAAUUUUGAGGGUGACUCCAAAUCCAGACCUCCAUGGGUUGAUAAAUUUGAUUUCCAUUGAUAAUUUUUGUGUGAUUUUGUUGUCAGCACAGUUAACUAUGUAAAGAAUAAAGUAUUUAAUAAGAUUAUUUAAUUCAUUCAGAUCUAGGAUGUGUUGUUUAAGUGUUCCCUUUAUUUUUUUGAGCAGUGUAUAUAUAGAUAUAUAUAGAUAUAUUUAUCUCUAUAUUUAUCUAAAAUAAAUGAUAUACCUUUUUAGGGGUCUUUUAAAAUUCAAAAUCAAGACAAACUAACUUGAUUGAUAGAUAGGCUGAAAUGGCUUCUUGGUAGGUAGUUACGAUGUUGGGCGAUAGGUUCCCAAUCUGGGCUAGCUAAAGCCAACUUCAUAAAAUUAGGUGCCUAGUAGUAUUACAGAGAAACAACCAAAAUUAAAUAUUAACAGGACAAAUCUGAGGGGGCACGUGCAUGACGCCUCUGAUCAUAAUCCUUCUACAUACUCACUCGCCAUGCCUCACCUACCACUCACUCCUAUCUGAUCUGAAAUGGCACAGUCCUAAAAUCAUAUUUUGUACUCAGUGGCCAGUUUAUAAGUUACACCCAUCUAGUACUCGGUCGGACCCCCUUUGCCUCCAGAACAGCCUUAAUUCUUCGGGGCAUGGAAACGUUGCCAGGAAAACAUUCCCCACAUCAUUACACCACUGCCACCAGCCUGUAUCGUUGACACCAGGCAGGAUGGGGCCAUGGACUCAUGUUGCGUACGCCAAAUCCUGACCCUGACAGGACCCGGGAUUCAUCGAACCAGGCCAUGUUUUUCCACUCCUCAAUUGUCCAGUGUUGGUGAUUGUGUGCCCACUGGAGCCGCUUCGUUUUGUUUUUAGCUGAUAGGAGUGGAACACGGUGUGGUCGUCUGCUGCAAUAACCCAUCCGUGACAAGGACCAACGAGUCAUGCGUUCCAAGAUGCCAUUCUGCUCACCACUGUUGUAAUGCGCCGUUAUUUGCAUCUUUUUGGCCUGUCUGUUAGCUGGCACGAUUCUUGCCAUUCUCCUUCGACCUCUCAUCAAUGAGCUGUUUUCACCUACAGGACUGCCGCUGACAGGAUGUUUUUUGUUUGUCACACCAUUCUCAGUAAACCCUUAGACACUGUCGUGUGUGAAAAGCCCAGGAUGCCAGCCGUUUCUGAGAUACUGGAACCGGCGCGCAUGGCACCGACAAUCAUACCACGCUCAAAGUCACUUAGGUCACUUGUUUUUCCCAUUCUAACAUUCAAUCUAACAGUAACUGAAUGCCUCGAUGCCUGUCUGCCUGCUUUAUAUAGCAAGCCACAGCCACGUGACUCAUGUUCUGUAGCAGCGAACCAUUUCCGUAACCGGGUUGUGUACCUAAUAAACUGGCCACUGGAUGUACAGUGCUGCUUGCGGUGUUUGUAUUAUACCUCAUGUUUUGUAUCUGUGUCGGUAUACCUGUGUAUUUACCUCCUGCUCCCUCUCUGUGUCCCUCCCAGGCUCUCUGAUGUCAGUGAACCCUGGCGUUGGCUCGCUGGAUCAAAGAACUGUUCUGCCAUAACGAGAGGGUGGUGCUGAGCGGAGAGUGGACGCACGGCUUCUUCUCCCUCACCGCCGUAGGAGCCACCAACGUGGGCUCCAUACGCAUCUACUUUGACAAGGUUGGUUGGCUGUUUACUGGUCUGAACCUAUUCUGGUACUGCCUUAGUAUUUACUCACUCACUCAUCCAUUUUGCGCCGGCUGGUGCAUAGUGCAGCAUCAAUGUCUCUCCACGUCAUAGUAUUUAGGGACCUUGACAUUGUCCAUACAUAGAGGAAGUUCUGAAUGAGAGCAACGAAGUUAGUGGUCCCACUAUUGUUUCUUAAACAUGUAUUUACACCACAAUUAUAUACUAUUGACAAGCAGUGUAGUUAUAGUGUACGUACACAUGUUUUUAACUGGCGUUAGAUGUACUACUUAUGGUGACCUCUUUCUCUGAUAAUGUGAGGACAGAGACAAAGGUCACCUGCUUAACCCAUUAGGACAUAACAGUACAUGCAGUACAAAGUCAGUGUGACAUAAAUCUGCGAGUGGGCCAGCCUGACUCAGGGUUACUGACCCCUUGUCUCUCUGAGCCAUGUUCCACUUCUUUUCACUCCCUUCAGCUCCCUCUGCUUCCUGUCUCACAUACCUUUACGUCAGGCCAUUUCCCUAAGCUGCCGACACACACACCGGUAGGCCUAUUUAAUCUUCCCACUCACUGUGUUUAAACUGACUGAUGUCCCGUAGACUCCCAUUGAUUAGACCAGAGGCUUAGGAUGACGUGGACAUUUUAAAAGCCCACCCUCACACUUCCCUACUGUAGGGGUUAGAGGUCAAUAGGAUCUCCGCUUCGGUUGCAGACAGGCUAAUGCGAUUGGUCCUCUGGCUCAACCCUCCACUGGGCUGCCUCCCUGUGACAGUAAACAGAGAGGAGGGCAAUAAACGGACGUUCUGCUUGCUGGCGCAGCCUGCUGUCUCCUGUUUCAUCUGAAAUAGAUGGGGUCAGGAGUUUCUCCUUAUCAUGUGACAUUGUGACAUGACCAGGAAAAACUCCCUAGUUUUUGGACCCUAGUCAUAGGAUUCCGGAUUCAGUUGGUAUAGGAUUAGGCCCUACAUUUUUCCUUGACCAGGUGGGAAGGGAGUAAAAAGUAGAGGAGGGGGGAUUGGGAGGGAAGGAGAGGCAAGAUGAGAAAGAUGAGAUGAGAAGGGACGAUGAGAGGAAGAGCGAGGAGGAGGCCAGUUAUACAAGCUGUUUCAACCUGGGCGUAGUCAACAACACAACAGGAGGAUAUGACCUCAUUCAGCUGCACUGCUCAUAGUCUAAUGGGGAUUAGUCCAAUUAAACUAUUCUCCUCAAAUAUUUACUAAACUGAUCCCCCCCCCCCCCCCCACCCCCCACCAGGAGCUGCGGACCAACAGCCCGCGCUACAGCAAAGGCUCGUACAACGACUUCAGCUACUUGUCCAACAACAACCAGGAGGGCGUGAGCAUGAGGAAAGGGGAGCACCUGGGAGAGUUCAACCUGGGCUCCACCAUCGUCUUGCUCUUCGAGGCUCCGCACGACUUCACCUUCAACCUGAAGGCUGGCCAGAAGAUCCGCUACGGAGAACCCCUGGGGACUAUGUGAGCCAAGAUGGCUAACCAGAGACACUUUCUGGGGGAAACGGCUAAACUAAAAGAAACUGAUGGACACGCUAACGUGUGUGUACAGAUCUGAGGGGAGGCGUACAGGCUAACUUGCAAACUGACUGACACACACGUACUCAUUCAUACACUGACAUUCAGUACAUGCACUGUACUGUACAUUGAAAUUGAAAGACGUACGGCUAUCCAUACGAUGCACUGACUGACUCACAGCGAAAACUCACAAGCCACCACUGUUGCUUUACCAACAAGGGGGUCUCCCCAUUCCAUCGACUAAUUUCAAUUAACUAUUUACUUAUUUUGACAAUUGAUUAGAACCAGUACCUAGACCAACAACAGUAAGAUAGACCAGCAAAAGCAAGAUAGUUUACAGCAAUUAGUUACAUUUUAUUAACCUAUUUUUUAAAAUUAUUUUUUAGAUACAUUUGACCCAUAUUGCCUUUUGUCAGGGGUCUCCUCAUCAAUGGGGAGUUCCUCUGAGGUUUCAGACACGAGCAGCACUAGCCUGGUCCCAGAUCU